UGCUGGGACGCACAAAGAGUGACCUCUGCUGUACAAAUCGACCAGAAUGCACGUCUGUGUCAGUCCUGACGUGCCCGCUUUACGACGGUGUGCUUACACAAUGACAGUUUCCGUGAGUUUGACUUGCAAAUCGUAAUCCCGUUGAACGAGCGCUCUUUCGUUUCUAAUUUCCGCCGAAACGGCUAUUUCGUAAUUUCGAACCAUCGAUCGAUAUUGAUUACUGUGCCAGAUCCAGGAAGCGAGCGUUUUUUUUUUUGAGGGAAGUACAACUUGUACUCGUCGUGCUUAAACUCUUAACUUCCAGCUCAAGGCCCACCGGAGAGCUCGAGCGGCAGCUCCGAAAAGUUUGUUGUUGUCACGUGACGUGAGACGAAUGUGCGAUAAAAGUUUGUUUAGGUAGUAAAACUAGGUGGCGUACCACAUUAUCAAAACCUACCGGACACCGUUUCCACCACAAUGCCUCAACCAAAGCAUCGAAAGAUUGCUGUAAUAGGUUACAGGUCUGUAGGAAAAUCAUCUCUUACAAUACAGUUUGUGGAAGGACAGUUUGUUGAUUCCUAUGACCCCACCAUCGAAAACACAUUUAACAAAUUGGUCAGCGUGAAUUGUCAAGACUUCAAUCUUCAGCUGGUUGAUACAGCUGGACAAGAUGAGUACUCAAUUUUUCACCAAUCCCACUCAAUGGACAUCCAUGGCUAUGUCCUUGUCUAUUCAGUGACUUCCAUGAAAAGUUUUGAAGUUGUGCAGGUUCUACAUGACAAGCUGCUAGACAUGGUCGGGAAGAUUCAGGUCCCAACUGUUCUUGUAGGGAACAAAAAAGAUCUCCACAUGGAAAGGGUUAUCAAGGCCGAGGAGGGAAAGAAACUUGCUGAUUCCUGGGGUGCUGCAUUCAUGGAGUCCUCAGCCAAGGAGAAUGAGACUGCGGUGGAGGUUUUCAAGCGGAUCAUUUUGGAGAUGGAGAAAGCAGAUGGAAACGCACCCCCAGAAGAGAAGAAGUGUGCUGUGAUGUAAAAGUGUAUCCAGGACAUCAGUAAGCUCUUUUGCUGGAGACAGGAGGCACAACUUCACCAGCUUGCCAAUCGCGACCUCACCGACACCAAGGCACUGCAAUGGAGCUUUGUUGGCUCCAUUGUGAUACCAGAUUGAUUUACAUAGCAAGGCAACUGCCCAGGCAGUUGAUAAACUAUUCCACUAAUUGUAACCACAGGGAGAAGUUUCUAAGAGCAAGGGUGGUCUAUGAUUUAGACAAAGAUGCGCCACCAAUGAACACUUAUUGAAAUGUAAUCUGACUGGGCAAAUUCUUGACUUUUGAGUUCAACCAAAUGCUCAGAAAACAAGGUUUGCCAGGUAUAUUGGUCCCAAUGAAUUGUAUCAAUCUUCUUUACAUGAACAUGUUAUGCUGAGUACAACUUCUAAAACUGGUGUUUGAGACAACAUUGGCUUAUGUCUCAUAACUCUUUGAGUAGUUGAAUUAAUGCACAGUGAGGGCUUGUUAACCAUCUUUUUAAGAACUGGCAUUUAGGCAGGUAUUCUUUUUUUGACAAUGAUGGAUAGUCACAGUACACAUUGCUUUAAAUGUGGUGUUAAAACGUCAGUAUUUCUCACAAAUGGUGGGUUUCUUUGAACACCCUGGAAUGAGAUUUCACACAAGAAAUUUCACUGUGGUUUCAGUUCUUCUCGCUGUAAUUUUUAUCAACACCUCUUCAGGUACCUUUCACCAAUGAACUCUUGAAAUGUGUCUUGGUGAUGGAGGAAUCUUUUUGUAAAUCUAACAACUCACAUUUUGCUAAGCAGAAUAGUCCUCCUCCGUUGUUUCUACAGUUUAAUUUCUCCUUAUGGACUGUAAUAAAGAUGUUUUCUUACAGACAACCCUCAGAGAAAUUUAGUGUAGAUAUUAAUAGAUCUUUGUUAUUUACCAAUUAUGGCCUUUUUAUACAGUAUAAAUAGAAUCUUAGAAAGUGGUUUGACACUAUUGGUUAUAUCCUGAGUGGUGCAGGUGUGCUCUCCCUUUAAUAUCCUUAGUAGAGUAUAAACGCGUUAUAAUUGUGAACAUUGUUGAGCUGCAAUUUAUUUAAUUGCAUUUUAACACGGUGUAAGACGUUAAAUGACUGAAUACCACAGAGUUAGCAUAGUAAUUUUUGCGCUCAUGGUUUUGAUUUGAUGGUUCACGCAGGCGAUCCUUAAUUACUCGUUUUCCUUAGAUCCUGUAGCUUUGCAAAGACAUGAAAUAAUGUGGAUUUUUCCCCGUAAUCCUCAUGUUGUAUCUAUAGUAGGUAUUUGUAAAUUUUUAUGAAGUGCUUUGCUGAGUAAGUAGCUGAUUGAUAGGUGAGUGAUGAUGGUCUAAGAGUAGCUGGUGAUGCUGUGUCUUGUGCCUUACAGUUCUUCAAACUCCCUCAUCUGCUUACCUUCAUGACUCAAGGUGCUCUUAAAGGGUUUUUUUUUUCCUUCUGCUGACUUGAUACAAUGGUGCAGGUGGUGUUGUGCUCCUGAACACCAAUACUCCCUUGUGGGUCAAUGUUAAUUCAGAAAUCUUGCUGUAAACAGUUUUGUAUAUAAAUAAAUCUGUUACUCAUUUGA